CAAAUGAAAUAAAUAAAAAAUUAUAAAUCAGAGAAGCUUCAGGAACCUGGCCCUGCCUUUGCUCCUCUAUAUAUUAUUGUUUUGCUCUCCAUACCAAUUCCCAAUUCACAGUUCUCGAGUUCGCAAAUCAAAAGAAAUAUCAAACACUUUCUCUGAUUUCAAGUUUCAAGUUUCCAACUCAAGAAUUCAAUCGUCAUGGCGCGCAGGCCUUUGGAGAUAACAAUCGUCUCAGCCAGCGACCUCAAGGAUGUCAAUAUGUUCUCCAAGAUGGACGUCUACGCCGCCGUUUCGGUCUCCGGCGACCCCGGCAACAAGAAGCAGAAGACCCCCGUCGCCAAAGACGGCGGCACAAACCCUAAGUGGAACAACUACUCCAUCAAGUUCACUCUCGACGACGCCGCUUUGCUCGACAACCGCCUCACCCUCAACAUCGAGCUCGUCUCCGAGAGAAGCUUGGGCGACACCAAAAUCGGCUCAGUCCAAAUCCCCCUCAAGGAGCUCUUCGACAGCUUGGGCGGCGGUGAUUAUCAGAAGAAGCAGAUCAAGUACGUCGGUUACAGCGUUCAAACUUCCAGUGGGAAGCCCAAAGGAUCCAUCAAUUUCGGGUACAAAUUUGGGCAUCCCAGGUCAAGCUCCGGGUACUCGCUGGAGAAGCAGAAGCCUAAGCCCAGGUCAAGCUCCGGGUACUCGCUGGAGAAGCAGUACUCGCUGGAGAAGCAGAAGCCUAAGCCCCCGUCUGAUUCACGGAAUGAAUUUGAAUUUGAACUUCCCAAGAUGAAAAUGAAAGAAAGAUUCUGAAUUUGAACUUCCCAAUAUGAAAAUGGAAGAUUCAUUUCUCACUUUUUAUAAUAUCGGAAAAUAACCAGUGAGAUUUUACUUUGUUUUCUUUCUCAUGUUUGUUAAAAUAAAAUUUGUUAUUUAUAUUAAAU